AUGUUGCCUUCAAGCUCGAGAGUCAGUCUCCGAACAGUGAGUUCGAGCAAACCUCAACUCCAACAUACUGAAUCUCGCCAGUCGGUUGCUGCUUCGGACGACUACUACUCAUUCUCGGACCAUACUAGCAGUACCAGCAGUCGACAUACCAUGGGACGGUAUGCGACGCCGGAUUCCUAUCCACCACUAACGAGAGCGUCGACACCCAACGUCACCAACCUCUCCCGUACUCAUCUCGGCGUGCCCGAAAUGCCUCGCACGAUGGGAAGGGGCGGCGGCACGCCACGCCCGGGGACUGCGAGCAGUACCGUACGGUUCGGAGAAGACCGAAUUGCUCAGAUCAGUCCUAGAUCGGAUACCGCUGUUCAACGGGCGCCGAGUGACUCUGAUAGCCGGGGUGCUCCAACACCCGGCCUCGAUGACGGCCCUUACAUUCGCUUUGCCAUUGACCAGCUCACGCGGGAUGAAGAAGUGUCUGGCAAGGGAAGAGAAAGCGCGACGGGGGGAGAGAAUGAGUACCCCGUCGACCGUCGGGUGUGGGAUGAAGGCCUGGGAUACUUUACUCGCUCGUCAAACCCACCCCCUACAUCCCAGGCACCACCGGCAGUGGUCAGACAGUCGUCUCCACCGAGACCAGCUCCGGCUUCUGUCGAACCGGAGAUGUUCGAGCCCGCUGAGCCGCCGGAGGACAGCCUCUUGUAUCCGGCUCUAGACUACGUGCCCGUCGCGCUGCGACCGGUCUCUCUGGGCAUCACCAUUGUGUGUUGCCUGCUCAUGAUUGCUGGGGUGGCGUUUAGCAACGUCUGGUCGUCGCGGCAUGAUGGACUCUGGGAUUGGCAAGGCCUCGGUGGCAAGAGGUAUUUCCUCUUCCAAUUCUUGCCCCAAAUCCUAGCGGCUCUCAUCACCAUCUGGACUUUUGUCAUCCAGGCUGCUGUGUACCGCACCAUGCCCUUCGCCAUCAUGGCCUCUGAACGACCUCUGGACCAGGUGCUGCAGAAGCUGCCGGUCCUGUCGCGGAACUUUCUUCUCCCGGACUGGAAGCAUUUUCAGCACGGCGAGCCGUUGGCAGGGGGCUUCCUGAUCGUGGUGUGGCUGUCGAAUCUCCUGUCCAUGCCUCUGCUCAGUUGCCUUUUCCAAGCCAAGUGGUACAUUGUCGACGGACAGGGCAACUGGAGAUGGACCGCGGUUCAGGCGGUGGGGUGGACUCUUGUGGGCCUGUACGGAUUGCUCGUCAUCGGCUUAGUACUACUCCUGAUGCGUUUCGCUCGCAGCUGGACCGGGCUGAUGUGGGAUCCAAGCUCGCUGGCGGACCUUAUUCCUCUCAUCCAGCGAUCGAACGUGUUGCACGACUACGAAAACACCGAGACAGCAGUUGACGUGGGGAGCGUGGUGACCCCGCGGGUGCUGCGCCUGGGAUACUGGCGACUGACCAACCAGCUCGAGAUUUUCUAUGGGAUCGGCGAGGUGGAUGCUCCGAUUCGAAACCCAUCCCUGCAUCAAUCCGACAAGGGGCGGGAGAAGCAGCCACAUGGCAUGGCCAAGGUCUCUUUUGAUCUGGAACAGCAAACCGCCCUUGCAAUCGAUGACCUUGAUCACCAGCUGUACUCCCCCUUUGCCAGACACCGUUGGAUGGUCUGGUUCCUGCGCAACACCUCUGUUACAGUAUGGAUCGUGACCGCGUUUGCGCUGUUCAUUGCGUUUGUGGUCGUCAGCUUCGCCCACAAUGCCAUCCAGGGAGGAUUCCCACCUCGCCUUCCCACCUUGCCUUCCACCGGGGCGUUUUCCUCCUCGAACUUCCUGUACAGCUUCAUCCCCGCGUUGAUCGGGAACCUGCUCUUCCUCGCCUGGCAGCCGGUGGACGUGUACUUCCGCGCCCUGCAGCCCUUGGUGACUCUGACAGCACCGAGCGGCGCGACUGCGGAGAAGAGCAUCCUGCUCUCGUACCCUGCGUGCCUCCCGAUCGAAACCACGGCGCUUGCGCUUCUCAACGGCCAUUACCGGGUGGCCUGGAUCUCCCUGAUGAGCAUUCUCUCGGCCAGCCUCCCCAUCCUCGGCGGCGGCAUGUUCAUCGCGCUCUGGUACCCCGACGACGCGAACGUGCGCAUCACGGCACUCAUGCCCGCCUUCUACGCCCUCGUAGCCUUUUGCGCCCUGUACACCAUCUCGACUCUGUUCCUCCGGCCGGGCCGCGCGCGGUUCCUGCCGCACGAUCUCAGCACGCUGGCGGACCUCACGAGCUUUCUGUACCAGAGCCCGCUUCUGGCCGACAAGCUGCUGCGCGAGCCCCGCAGCAAAGCCGACCUAGUGACGCGCCUGGUCACUGCGCCGCCGGGCGAAAGGGACACCUCACUGUACGGCUUGGGCAUCUAUGUGGGACGUGACGGGAGGGAGCACCUUGGCAUCGACCGCUUCCACCGACCGGGGAGGGCGGAUAUGCUCAUCACCACGGGGGUGAUGAAAUAUUAA